UAUAAUACAUACGGUAGCAAACAUUAUGCUGAUAAUUGUCCCGAUGGACAACACAUAUGUAUUGAACAAUGUUGCGAUAAACAAAUGCAUUACUAUUGUCGUAGAAGUGGAAUAAAUGAUGUUAAUAAUGGAUACUAUUGUAAAUAUGAAGUCAAGUAAACACUUAAUAAGUGUUAUUCCAUUGAAAACUCCAUCACUGGGACGAGUGGCUGAUUUGGGCGAAUUUUAUUAUGCACGUACCGAUAAUUUUAUCGGGAUCAAUUUAUUUACUAAUAAGGUACCCGGCUCACUAGUAUCAUCAAACGAUAAUGCCUACACAAAUAUGAAAUUUUCAAUGGCCAGUACAUUGCACGAUAAAUUCAAUGAACUAGAUGUCGAUGCUAGCCUUCAGCUAUCUUUUAUGGCGGGUUCAGUAAAAAUUGAACUAGGUGGUUCAGCUAAAUACUUGCAACAUAAUAAACAUAGUCGACGUAGUGCACGGAUAGCCCUAAUUGAAUCGAUAAAUACACGUUUCGAGUCCCUGAGUCUAACUGAUCAGAGCUUAAAAAAUCUAAUAAAUUUCGAUGCCUUAUCCCGUUUUGACGUGACUCACAUACUGGUCGGUAUUGCUAUUGAUGGCCGUGAUGAUAUUAGUACCAAUUUUGUUGAAACAUACGAUACCCGAGAUAAUCUUUGGACACAAAUUUCAUCGUUAAAUAUUAGACGAGAUGGUUUAGGAGCUACUGUACUAAAUGAUACACUAUAUGUUUGCGGUGGCUAUAUAUCAGAUGAACAAACAGGAACAAAUUCAUGCGAAUAUUUUAAACAGGAAUCAAAUGAGUGGAAAUUUUUGCCAUCAAUGACCCGAAAACAUCAUUAUCACCAAUUGGUUGCACACUCGGGCUAUUUGUAUUCAAUUGGGGGUAAUGUUAAUAAUGAUGAUAAUAGGGCAUCAAAUUUUGUUGAAAAAUAUGAUCUAGCUAAUAAAUCGUGGACACCUGUAGCUAGUAUGAUCAAUGAAAGAUCAUCAUUUGGUUCAGUAUCAUUUAUGGACAAACUGUAUGUAUGCGGCGGUCAGGACGCCAGCGACGACACAGGGAAUGCGCUAAAUAGCUGUGAAAUUUAUGAUUCAAUUAGCGAUAAAUGGAUACAAAUGGCUCCAAUGCAAGAAACACGUGUUUAUAUGGAAUUAUUGAAAUACAAUGAUAAACUAUACGCUAUUGGAGGAGAAAAUUUGAACACAUUUGAAGUCUAUGAUUAUAAAUCUAAUAGUUGGAGUCAUACAACACUAUUGCCGACAAAAAUGUGGGAUUUUGGGGCUGCUGUUAUCAAAGAAGUGUAAUACUAA